AUGCCGUCUCAUGGCCCACAGGACGAUGGAAGUCAAGUGAAAGACAUCCAAGAGUUACUAUCAACAAAUGAGGUUGAUGUGAGACAAGAUCCCAUCAAAUGGUCAACCGCAAGGAAAGUGGCCAUUCUGGGCCUUAUAAUAUUCGCCAACUUCAAUGAGUCCCUAGGUUCAUCCAUCAUUACUCCAGCUGUGCCUCAAAUUGUCCAUGAGUUCCAUGAGGCCAGCCCAUCUAUUGCGUCUUUUUUGAUAUCAAUACAUGUGAUUGGAUUUGCAAUAGGGCCUCUUAUACUAUCUCCACUAGGAGAGGUAUAUGGGAUAAGUCCACUGAUGCAUGGGUCAAAUGUCUUGUUUGUGAUAUCUUCAAUUUUGAGCGCACUAAGCCCUAACAUGAGAUUGCUACUAUUCUCACGCGUGCUUACUGGGCUGGCCGCUUAUGUGCCUAAUAUAAUCGGAGCUGGCUAUACAGCAGACCUUAUUCCAGUCGAAAAGCGUGGAAGAAUAUUUGCACUCUUAAGCUUCGGCACUUUAUUGAUAUGUUGA